CAAAGGCAGCGUUCUUAUAAAAAACUAGAAAGCACAGAGCAGUAUAGAAGAAGAGAGAUCAAAAACAGAAAGCCCGACUGUGCGCAUUAAUGGAUUUUGUAUUGCUGUUUCUUCCCUUUUUCGUUCUAAAGUUCGUUAUUAAAUUAAAAUACCCUAAUUCCUUAAUCAUGAGAAGUCCCUUCCACGCAACCAUCAUUCGCCACUACCAACACCAUCAUCACCAAUGAUCGACUCCUCUCUGUAACCUCCUCCCUCCCCUAUAUUAUAAUUUCAGUUUCUUCUGCUCUAUCUCCACGCUUCUAUUUUAUCUUCUUUUAAUUAUAUAUUUUGAGACUUGUAUAAGCCUUUUUUUUAUAAUUUUCUAUUUUAAUUAUGGCCAGUCCCUUCUUCACUGUGAAUGUCAAUUGUUAAUUUCUUUUUCGUUCCAAUUUUAUAGAGUGUCCCGAUAGGCAAACCCAUUUGAUUUCGCUUCUGCAUUUAUCCUGAACCCGUAAUGCGGUCUGCAACCCUUAUCUUCUAGUUUUCCUUCCAGCCCUCCAGAAUAUGGCGAUUCUGACCCGUCCAUUUUACAGAAGAUAAACCUCUGGAACUGAAUUGAGUUGUGGGUACUGGGUACAAUUCAGAUAGCAAUAAUGCCAGGUCUAGUCUCAGCACAGAACCCUGCCAAUGCAAAGCCAUUACACAGUUACUUCCGCGAAAACGACGUUAAAACGCCAUCUCCGCUCCUAAAGCGAACCCCAUCACCCUCCAAGUGCAACCCACGAGCCUUAUCCUCCUACAAAACCCCUGAGAAGCUCCCCAUCGACGAGCCCUCUCCCGACAACCCGGAUCUGGGUCCAUUUCUGUUAAAGCUCGCCCGGGACACCAUUGUUUCGGGUGAUAACCCGAAUAAAGCCUUGGACUAUGCGUCCCGUGCGUCCGUAUCGUUUGAACGGUGUUCGGGUUCGGGUCUGGAGCUAACCAUGAGCUUGCACGUCCUAGCCGCGAUUUAUUGCAGUUUGGGCCGGUUUGAGGAAGCGGUACCUGUUCUGGAGCGUUCCAUUGAGGUUCUGGAUAGUACUGACGGGUUGGAUCAUGCUUUGGCUAAGUUCACCGGGUAUAUGCAGCUUGGGGACACGUAUUCUAUGCUGGGGCAGCUGGAUCGGUCCAUUUCGUGUUACGAGUCGGGUUUGAAGAUCCAGAUUGAGGCUUUUGGGGUUUUGGAUCCCAGAGUUGCUGAGACGUGCAGGUAUUUAGCAGAGGCCUAUGUUCAAGCAAUGCAGUUUGAUGAGGCAGAAAAGCUCUGCAAGAAGAUCCUUGAAAUUCACCGGAAUCAUAGUCCACCAGCAUCCCUUGAAGAGGCAAUUGAUCGCCGGCUUAUGGCUCUUGUCUGUGAAGCAAAGGGAGACUAUGAAUCUGCCCUCGAGCAACUUGUCCUUGCUAGCAUGGCAAUGAUUGCCACUGGUCAGGACAAUGAGGUUGCUGCUAUUGACAUUUGCAUUGGCAAUAUUUAUGUGUCCCUUUGCCGAUUUGACGAAGCAAUUUUUUCCUACCAAAAAGCACUGACAGUCUUCAAAUCUACCAAGGGUGACAAUCAUCCUACUGUAGCAUCUGCCUUUAUCCGCCUAGCAGAUUUGUAUUACAAGACAGGCAAGAUAAGGGAGUCCAAAUCCUACUGUGAGAAUGCCUUGAGAAUAUAUGCAAGACCAGCCCCUGAAACUGCAACUGAGGAGAUUGCUGUUGGGUUGACAGAAAUCUCAGCCAUCUAUGAAUCUUUGAAUGAACCUGAGGAGGCAUUGAAGCUCUUGAACGAGGCAAUGAAGUUGCUGGAAGACCGGCCUGGACAGCAUAGCACAAUUGCAGGAAUAGAAGCACAGAUGGGAGUGAUGUUUUACAUGGUUGGGAGGUAUGGAGAAGCUCAAAGCUCUUUUGAGAGUAGUGUAGCAAAGCUUCGGGCCAGUGGGGAUAGUAAAUCAGCCUUCUUUGGAAUUGUGUUGAACCAGCUGGGGUUGGCCAGUGUGCAACAGUACAAGAUAGAUAAGGCAGCUGAAUUGUUUGAAGAAGCAAGGGAGAUUUUAGAGCAGGAGUAUGGCUCGUGUCACUUGGAUACUCUUGGAGUGUAUAGCAAUCUUGCUGCAACCUAUGAUGCAAUGGGGAGGGUAGGUGAUGCAAUUGAGAUAUUAGAGUACAUACUCAAGGUAAGAGAAGAAAAGCUUGGAACGGCAAAUCCUGAUGUAGAUGAUGAGAAGAAAAGGCUAGCUGAGCUCUUAAAAGAAGCAGGAAGGGCUAGGAUCAAGAAAGGAAAAUCCCUUGAGAAUCUCCUCGGUUCCAACUCUGAAAGGAGGAAGAAGGACGUUUCAAAGAGAAGAUCUGGAUUUGGUUUUAGAACUUGAAUAAAACUCUCGUCAGGGUUUGCACUUGGUAAUAUAUACAAGAUGUAGCAUAGAUCAAAUUCGGAUCUUGAUGUUUCUUGAGAUUCCAAUUUGUACUUUUUGUUUCUUCCCUUAUAAUAUUCCUUUUCUAUUUGAAUA